AUGCCCCCCUCCGUCAUCCCCCUCGCGGCGCCACGGCGGCCGCCAGCCAACCUGGCCGACCUGGCCUCCUUCGGCGUCGAACAUGCCCAAGCACCGCUUCCUGCGCCCCUCGCGCCGCCGGACUCGGACAGCGAAGGCGAGACCCCGCCCGUUGUGGUCGCCGCCAGACAGCGGCGCGACGUCGUGCUCCUCAUCGCGCUGGUCAUCGCCGUGCCUAGUGUCUUCUUGCUCGUCCUUGCCGCCGGCUUGAUCUACCACUACGCCUCCCCCCGCCCCCGUACGAAACCCGCCCGCCCGCCCAAGGCGCACGCAUCAGGCAGCGACACCGACUUCUCCGACGUCGACCUGGGCGCCGACCCGCCGCCGUACGACGGCAGCCUCAAGCCCCCCGCGAAUGCCAACGCGGCCGAGAAGACGCGCGCGCCGCCCAAGCGCGUGUGGUAUGAGAAGCCUGGCGUGGUGCCGUAUGGCGCUGCUGUGACGGUGUUUCCCGUGUCGCUCGACGCCGCCACCUUGAGCGACGAGAAGGAGUGGGAGAAGUCCAAGGCGAAGGAGAAGGAGGCGGAAGCGGAUGCCGUGGCCGAAGCCCACAAGCCCGACAGCCCUGCCUCCCCACCCCGCCACCUCUCCUCGCCGCUCACACUCCCGCCCACCCUCCCCGCCUCCCCAGCGUACACCUUCCGCCCCGACCCGCCAAGCGAAGCGCUCGAAGCGCACGAGCCCCCCCAGCCGCCGUGCGCAUGCACCGAGCCGACGUGCCCCGGCGGAGCGCUGGCGUUCGCCUCCGGGCCGCGCAGGCGGCACCCGCAUGCCGCCGACGCGGACGAGUGGUCCGACUCGAGCUCGGGCGACGAGGUGAAGACGGUCGUUGUCAAGGGACCCGCGCGUACCCCGUCCUGCGCGUGCGACGAGCCAUCCUGCCCCGGCGGGGAGAUCGCUGCCGCUGGUCUCCGCCGCCGCCGCCGGCUUGGGCGCCCGUGGUGGCGCCGUGUGUUUGACUAG